CUGCAUCUUGUUGACGGUCGACUAGGCUUUUCAGAACGGAGGAGAACCGAUAGAGAGGAGCCGAUACGACCUCGUUCAGGCAAGAGACUAAAAUCACUGAAAAGUUCAAUCAUCAUCACCAUGCAUGUGUCUGAAUGCCAGAAGAUUUGUAACAUCUGAAAAGAGGAAAAAGAAGAGAACGCAUACUCAUUCAGCCUGGCUCAACAUAGAGAAAACAAGACCAUAAAUCUGUGCUUAGACAUGGCCAGUACUCAGACAAGUCUGAAAACCCCGUUCAAAGACUUGACCUCUUUCAAGGGCAGCAUGAAGCGUCUGUACAGGGAGCGACUGGAAGACGCACCAAUAAAGAAACGGGUGAUGGCUGAAAUCAAUUUGAAGCGGCGCAGCCUGGAGUCCCUCCCCAGAACCCCCAAGGUGAAGAGGGAGCACGUGGAGGAGCUUCAGCGCGACUCGGACAUGGAUGUGGAAGGCAGGGCGGAGCUGCAUAUGUUAGGCUCGGCCAAACCACUGGACCUGAGCCCCGGGCUCAAACACACCCUGGCCCAGUUCACCCUCAGCAGUCAGAGCUCUCUGGGAGGUCCGGCCGCCUUCUCGGCACGCACCGGCCCAGAGUCCUCCUCCCCCACAGGCAUGGCCCCUCUGCCCUCUCCCCCGAUCCUGGGGGGCGGCCCCCUGCUGGUGCCCUGCGACAGCUCCACGGAGCUCACCCACUCCCUCCUGGAGGGAGAGUCCAUCUCCUGCUUUGCCGUGGGGGGGGAGAAGCGCCUGUGCCUGCCCCAGGUCCUUAACUCGGUGCUGCGCGAUUUCUCGCUGCAACAGAUCAACGCGGUAUGCGACGAGCUCUACGUCUACUGCUCGCGCUGCGACGCGGAGCAGCUGCACAUCCUCAAGGUGCUCGGCAUCCUGCCCUUCAACGCCCCGUCCUGCGGCCUCAUCACCCUGACGGACGCCCAGCGGCUCUGCAACGCCCUGCUGCGCCCGGGGGGCACCCUCCCCGCCGACGCCUCCGGCAAGCUCCCAGUUCAGGGCCUGCUGAAGGAGAGCGAGGCCAGCUUCCAGGUGGAGCACCAGUGCCUGGGGAAGUGCCAGGGUCUCUUCGUGCCCCAGUUCUACGCCCAGCCCGAGGCGCCUUGCAUCCAGUGCGUGGAGUGCCAGCUGCUCUUCUCGCCGCAGAAGUUUGUCAUGCACUCUCACAAGUCGCCCGACAAGAGGACCUGCCACUGGGGCUUCGAUUCGGCCAAGUGGCCCUGCUACCUGCUGCUGGGGAAGAAGUACCUGGGCUCGGCCGAGGAACCCAUGCUCAGACGACUGCUGGAGGAGAUGAAGGAGAAGUUCCACUACCAGCUCAAGAGGUCGCUAGACAAAAAGCCUGUGGACGAGGUGAGGAGAUCCCCCACAGAGCUGUGCUCCCCCAGCGCCAAGCAGCUCGACACUGACUCUGGAAGAAAGGGUAAAGGUCCACCCUCACUGGUCUUCAACCGCCUGUUCUCUGACAUCAAAGAGGAGUCCGGCCAUUCUCCUCUGGUGCAUCCCAGUUACUACCUGUACACCUACGAUAAGAUGGUUGCCCCUAACGUGUCCCUGAGGAGGGAGGAGGAGGUCAGCCCCGACGUGCUGGGAGCUCUGCUCAAACACCACUACAGCAGGAGAGGCCUGGCUGCCGACCAGCCCGCCAUGGACCUCCACGCGUCUCCUCCCGAAGCCGAGGACGCUAAAUCCCAGCGAACCGCCGCCGAGGAGAGAGAGCAAGAGCGGGAAUGCGAACCGCGGGCUGUUUCCAUGGAGACCAGCCUGGGCAGCAGGAAAGCCGCCCACUCCCCGCCCCCCCCUCCUCCUCCUCCUCACUCGGGGGCGUCGGCUGUGACGAGCGAGGACGCGGGGGGAGAGGACGACAAGGACAGGAUCGUGGUGGAGAUCAUGCAGAUGUACAGCAGGCAGCAGGAGAAGCUCAGCUGCACCCUGCAGAAACAGCUGCAGCUGGAGAUGGAGCUGGAGGCGGUGUGCGGGGGCGAGGCGGCGCGACUGCGGGAGCUGUCUGCAGAGCGGAGCCAGCUGCAGGUGGAGCUGGAGGCGGUGCAGGCAGAGCAGGCCCAGCGGCUGGAGCAGGCCCGGCAGGAGCAGCGGGAGCUGGAGGCUCGUCUGGACCAGCUCAGGCAGCAGAGCUGCGUGUGUGAGCCCGGGGCCACACACCUGCAGGAGGCCCAGUACACCGCCCAGCUGGUGGACCUGCGUCAGAGGUUGGAGCGGGCGGAGACCGACAGGCUGGAGCUGCAGGGGGAGUUGAGGCGAGAGCGCGAGGCGCGGGAGAAGCUGGAGUGCCUGAUCUCCCAGCUCCGGCAGCAGAUGGCCCAGUCUGGCACGGCGGGAGGCAGCCCCUCCCCUCCCCCGACCCCGUCCUCCUCCACUGGCCCCCGCAGCCUCUCCCCGCCUCCCGCCUCCUCGGAGGCUCCCGAGGCUGCCUCUGGCCAAAAGUAGCCGCCGCCGUCCCCCCUCCCUCCCUCGAUCCAUCAAUCUUUUUUUUUUUUCAUCUCCCACCAGCCCCGCCACCCUCCCUCCCCGCCAGUUCAAGACUACAUACUGUAGACAAAAACAAAACAGCUUGAGCCUGAAAGAACUCUCCUGACUUCUUUAGCCCCCCUCCCCCCCCCACCCACACACACCCACACACACCCAUAACUGUGGCUUGUUGUCUCAACAACUUGUCUUUUUCUCCUUCACACCUCCCUUCGAUUUUUUUAAUACAUAUAUAUAUUUUAGCAAUGUAGAAAAACUUGUCAUUGUUUUAUUUUUUAAUACAACAUCACUUCAAAGUUCUUUGUUGUUUUGUUUUUUUUAUUAUUAUUAUUUUUUCAAUCAUUUCCCUCGAUCCUUAAAACAGUAUUUAAAACCUUUUUGGGGAUGUAUGUUUGUUUUUAUUUAUAGUUUUACUGAAACCGAACAGCUGCUUCACAGAGUUGGGUCUCUGUUUUUCUCCUUCCCUCCUCCUCUUGUCCCCUCGUUCCCUCAUCCCUUCUUUCUUCUUACUUGGACACUGGACUUGAUGUGUCAUAAACCUACAGACACUUGGGAGUUGACACAGACUCUGAUCCCAACCUCUUUACUCCGAUUGAGUUGAACUCUACUUCGUACUACAACUACCUGGCACGGCAACCGGGGCCCAAGGACACAAAAUGGCGGCCAUACUCGUGUGCUCCGUCUCAGCGGUGCUCAGUACUAGCCACAGCAGGAAACUGCAUGGACAUUUUCAUUUCACGUUAUAUUUCGUUUCUUUUGCUAAGAAACAUCUGAGGGAGAAAAAAAAGAAGGUUCUAUGUGUAUAAAAACAUAAAGUAUAUGGGGGGAGGUAGAACGUUAUUGUACAUAGCAUUUGCAGUUAUAUGAAAAUAGAUGGUGAUGAAUGUCAGAUAGGUUGAAGAUGAAAGACUCUGAGCAAGGUUGGCCUUCAAACACAAACUCUUUAGACUUGCUCCUUUACUCCUCCUGUCUGUCUGUCUGCAAAGCUGCAGCUGGACUCCCUCUCCGCCCUCCUCCCCCCCCCCCCCCCCUCCUCCUCUCUCUAGACCAAACAGCCUGACUGUGACUGUGAUUACAGCUGGCCAUAUCCUUCAUCCCCCACCCCCUCUCCACCUUGUGACCUCACAAUUUAAACACCUGUUGGCAAACACACCAAUGCCCUCUACUGGGAAAACAACCUCCUGUACACAGCGGGGAAACAGUCACGAUGGCCAGAGACAAGAAUUUACACUGCCCUUGAAGACCCAAGCUUUAAGGCUGAGAGAAAAUGUCGUGCAUCAAUCUGAUCCCCCUCUGGGAAUGGAAUGUGGCGCGUUUUGAAUUCACUCACGCUGUUUUUGGUACAAGGUCUCAGAAACCAUCCAUUCUGUUCUAUUUCAUUCUGAACUGUGCUUGGCAGUAGUACAGCGCUAGUCUAACGUGGUGCAUGUAUCUUACAUAUACAUGCACACAGACACUUGGACUGCACAGUGGCCGUCUAGUCCACGUUAUCAGUCAGGGAACGACAACAGAGUUUCCCAGUAGAGGAUCUAUGCUACAGUACUAGCCCCUUCCAAGUCUUUGUUUAUCUUAAUGCUAACUUCAUUGUUAGCAGAGACUUCUUUUUAUUAUUUUUUUUGCCACCCCCUCGCUGUGAAAGCGUCAUCUUGUUAUGAAAAUGUGGGUCACAGGUGAAAGGAAUUAGUCCAGGACGGUUUGGUCCUUGGAUGUGGCCCCUGCUCAGUGUUAUUCCGCCUGGCUGAACAAACAGUACUGAGGAGAGAGGGAGGAAAGAAGGGAUGGAUGAAGGACUGACGCCCUCUCGCUGACUCUCUCUGUCUCCCUGGCUGGGUGGCCCGGACGCCGGGAUACAGGGGGAGCCCCUUUUAUCCCAGGCAGAAUGGGGGGCAGCUGCUGUUGUCUGGGGCCUCCACUGCCCCAGGGUGUGCCCGGUACAGGAUCCCCCAUCUCUGUACCCACCCCGCCCCUCUCACUCCCACAACCACCCCGCUCCCUCCCCUCUUCAACACACACACACACACACACACACUACACACUCAUCUCCAGUGCCAGAUCAGCUGGGGUCUUGGCUGUUGUUUUGAAGCUGCUCAUGAGAGCGAGCAGACACACAGCAGAGGAAUAGGGAGCAUUGUGGAGUUGCCAGGGAGAAAAUCUUUUAUAGCCAGUGAGCGGGAUCCCAGAGAGUGAAUGUGUAAAUAAUUGUUUAAAAGAGACGGGAUCGGCCUCAGCUUAACUUCGAAGCUUCUUAUGCAUCUGCUAUAAAUGCAAAUUGAUAGACAUUCCACUGUGCUCCAAACCUUUCAAUGCAGAUUUCUAAAGAGCUCCCUUGACAAUAACAGGCCAAUCAAUGCUGAGGCAGAGUACAGUUCCUAUUUGUUACCAGCCACGUUAAGCCAGUAACAGUUAUUUUCACGAGGAGAAAAAAAAACUAGACAGCUACUUUGAUGU